AUGAUCAUCUUUGUCGACGCCAAGGCCGAGGGCGACCAGAUCGUCGCCGAACUGCGGCGCCGGGACUUUUGUGCCAAGGUGAGAUUCACACCCGGAGCUCGUGAUUUCGUCUCAACAGAUCCCUGAUUCUUGCUUUCUCUUGAUGCUUCUCAGCGCUACUAGGGCACCGAUGACAUCGAGCUACGGGCCAAGUUCGAUGCCACUUUGAAGGAGUUCCUUGCAAAAGACAUGCACAUUCUCGUGGCCACCAAGGCAGCCGCUCAGGCGAUCGAUUGA